AUGGCGGGCGCGGGGCCCCGGCCGUGGAGCUGGGGCCGGCGGGCGGCGGGAGCCGGGGACGAGGCGGCGGCGGGGGCGGCCCGGGAGGGCGGCCCCGGGGCCUGCCGGUGCGCGCAGGGGGCCCGGGCGCCGGCCGCCCCCCGGAAGCCCGCGGCCGCAGAGCCUGCCGCGUGGAUGCCCCUCAUGGCAGCGGAGGAGACACACUGGCCUGUGCCCAUGAAGGCCAUCGGUGCCCAGAACCUGCUGACCAUGCCAGGGGGCGUGGCCAAGGCUGGCUACCUGCACAAGAAGGGCGGCACCCAGCUGCAGCUGCUCAGAUGGCCCCUGCGCUUCGUCAUCAUCCACAAACGCUGCAUCUACUACUUCAAAAGCAGCACCUCGGCCUCCCCACAGGGCGCCUUCUCCCUGAGUGGCUACAACCGGGUGAUGCGGGCAGCCGAGGAGACAACGUCCAACAAUGUCUUCCCCUUCAAGAUCAUCCACAUCAGCAAGAAGCACCGCACGUGGUUCUUCUCGGCCUCCUCCGAGGACGAGCGCAAGAGCUGGAUGGUCUUCCUGCGCAGAGAGAUUGGCCACUUCCAGGAGAAGAAGGAGCUGCCCCUGGAUGCCAGUGACUCCAGCUCGGACACAGACAGCUUCUAUGGCGCAGUGGAGCGGCCAGUGGACAUCAGCCUCUCCCCGUACCCCACAGACAACGAAGACUACGAGCACGACGAUGAGGAUGACUCGUACGUGGAGCCCGACUCCCCAGAGCCCGUGAAGCCCGAGGAUGCCCUGAUCUGCCCGCCCACAUACCCGCCGCCCCCCGUGCCCACACCCAGGAAGCCGGCCUUCUCCGAGGUGCCCCGCGCCCACUCCUUCACCUCCAGGAGCCCAGGGCCCCUGCUGCCGCCCCCGCCACCGAAGCGCAGCCUCCCGGAGGUGGGCCCGGCCCCCGAGGAUGCCAGGAGGGAACUGCUGGGCCUCAGGGUGCCGGCCGUGCCCCGCAGGAUGAGUGACCCCCCACUGGGCAGCCUGCCUGCUGUGCCCAGCCUCCGGAAAACCCCCUGCAUCCGGGAGGGUGCUGGCCCCAGCCCCGAGCCCCGGCCCCUCAGCCACGGGGCCUGUGCCACCAGCACAGCCACUGCCACCUCCAGGAACUGCGACAAGCUCAAGUCCUUCCACCUGUCCCCUCGGGGGCCGCCCCCACCCGAGCCCCCGCCCGUGCCGGCCAACAAGCCCAAGUUCCCGAAAGGGGCUGAAGCUGCCUUCCCGAGGGAGGCCCCCAGGCCCGGGCCCUUUGUGCCCCCCGUGGCCCCCAAGCCCCCUGGCCUGAAGCUGCCCACGCCUGAGGCCGCAGCCCGGCCGGAUGUCCUGCCUAGGCUGGGGAAGCCGCUGCUACCACACCUGCAGCGCUCGCCCCCCGACGGGCAGAGUUUCAGGAGCUUCUCCUUUGAAAAGCCGCGGCGAGCCUCUCAGGCCGACCCGGGCGACGGGGAGGACUCGGAUGAGGACUACGAGAAGGUGGCACUGCCCAGCUCGGUCUUCAUCAACACGACGGAGUCCUGUGAGGUGGAAAGGCUGUUCAAGGCCACGAGCCCCCGGGGAGAGCCCCAGGACGGACUCUACUGCAUCCGAAAUUCCUCCACCAAGUUGGGGAAGGUGCUGGUCGUGUGGGACGAGAGCUCCAGCAAAGUGAGGAACUACCGCAUCUUUGAGAACGACUCUAAGUUCUACCUGGAAGGCGAGGUCCUGUUUGUGAGUGUGGGCAGCCUGGUCGAGCACUACCACGCGCACGUGCUGCCUAGCCACCAGAGCCUGCUGCUGCGGCACCCCUACGGCUACUCUGCGCCCAGGUGACACCUGCGCCACGCAGCGGCCAGACCCGGGCUUCGCCGACAGAGGCCGGAUGGAUGGGGAGGGUGAGCGGCAGCAGGUGCCGUGUUCCGACCCGCGGCCUCCUAUGCCCGCUUGGCAGCAUCUGGCCUGGCCAGGCUACCCCACCCAGCAGGCUGGGUCCCCGGGGCUGAGCCCAGGCCACAGGCUCCAGGGGGCUGAGGGGCUGUCCCGCAUGUCCUACCAGGGCCCAGGACUGAGCCCCAGCUGGGCUUUGUGGAUGGGAUGUCUGGUCCUCGCCUUGCAGGGGCCCGGAGCUGGGCAGGGCUAGGGCAGUGGCAGUGGGACAGGGGCUGGCCCCAGCAACCCACAGGAACGCUAAGACGCAGGCUCCAGGAGGGGCUGAGGCUGUACAAUAAAGCACAGAUGACCUUCA